AACCAAAUAUCUACUUUUUAUACUGAGUAUUUUUUUGGGAUCUAACGCGUUCAAUAACACAGUCACAUUGCUUAAAAAAUUUCUCGAAAGCACAACGUAAAUCUAAACUUCUAUCAGCAAAAUGACUGGACGCGGUAAGGGAGGUAAAGGAUUGGGCAAAGGAGGUGCCAAGCGCCAUCGUAAGGUGUUGCGAGAUAACAUCCAAGGUAUUACUAAGCCGGCUAUCAGGCGUCUGGCUCGUCGUGGUGGAGUCAAGCGUAUUUCUGGAUUGAUCUACGAGGAGACACGCGGUGUACUCAAGGUGUUCUUGGAAAACGUCAUUCGUGAUGCUGUCACUUACACCGAGCACGCCAAGCGCAAGACCGUAACAGCCAUGGACGUGGUCUACGCCUUAAAGCGCCAGGGACGCACUCUGUACGGCUUUGGCGGUUAAAUGCAGCAGUAGGAGCCGAUGACAAAGAGUUUAAUGACGCAUCAAUUAAAAGGGAUUGGAAUUAAUCAAUACACAUACUAUAUAUAUAUAUAUAUAUGAUAUAAAUGCAGCAGACAUAUUUAAUCCACUAUCAACUUACUCAUCAUGUAAUUGAGAAAAUUUAAACAUUAGCAGAACUACAUAUUGUAUUGACAAAUAAGUAAAUAUUCCAUUAUAACAUUCUACAGUAGCGGAAACAAAAUCAAAAGGCCAAUAAAUCAUUCGAGGAUGGCGCAAAUACUGA